AUGGGCAGUGCACCUGCAAGGGCUGCUCUUCCCAGUUUGGAUAUCUUCACCAAACAACCCUCCCAGUUGUCAGUAUCGGAGGUGACCGAAUUCACCACGUUCUCUGAGAAAUGUGUCGCCGCCCACCAGGACAGCGACAACGACAGCGUCUCCACGAUCCACUCUCUUGAACCGUCAUCGCCUGAGAUGGAAACGCCCAAGAAGAAGGAGCGAGUCAGGGCCAGGACGCCAGGCUCGCCAACAUCUUCGCCAGGGACACAGCCCGUGUCAAGACCAACUUCCGCGGCUACCUCGAUUCACCACUCCCGGCCUGACUCGCGCAGUACCGCGCGAUCUCGACCACCCAGUCGACACAGUUCACUGCACUCGUCCCGACGAGCUGUGCCCAACCCGGCGAUUGUGCAAGUUCCUUCCUCUCGGCAGAAUCCAAAUGAUCGACGAGAGUCGCUGUUGGCUUUGCACCGGGAGUCCUGUCGUCUGUUCCAGGACUCGGAAUCGACACCCAAAUAUUCCAUCGACGAGAGACGUCCUUCGCUUCAUCGGGCCACCUCGACAACCCAUCGAAACCGACAGGACUUUCGCACAUCCUCGGAGAUCGGUAGUUCGGCACCGCCAUCCCCCAUUGCGUCCUCUUGCUCCAGUCGUCGCCCAUGGCCCGAUCACCGCAGCUCCAUCAGUGCAACACCGGCUCCACUUCACGCCAGAGACCGCUCGAAUACCCUGCCGAGCCCUAACAGCGUCGCCAGUCGUCACGGCUACAGUCCCUCCGCUUCCUCCAUCCAUGUGCCCGCAACUGUCAUGGAGUGGACAUCGGACACAACCCGACGCCGCGAAUACGAGAAGAUCGACCGUGCCAGCCGUGGCAUGCGAGGGCUUUGGCGGCGGGUUGCCCCCCGUUGGUGCCAGUCUCGGGACGCGCGCACUCCGUUCUUCGAGGAGGGCAAGACCAGCCGUGAGGGCAGCGUGCGCCGAUUCCGAAUGGACUUGUCCGACGAUGAGACCGAAGAAGCAGAAGGCAAGCCGCACGCCCAGCUUCUCGAUUUUCUGGGCAAGGGCGCUUCUGACCGACGCCGGGUGUGUCGUCAAAGCAAGAAUUCGCCCUAG